UCGCGCUCUUCGUAUUUAUACCGGAAGCACUUUGGAAAGGAUUUUUCUCUUGGAGUCUUGCUGCAUCAAGAAAUGUAGACAACACUGACAAGGCACUGGUAAUCAGGAAAUAGUAGUAGUAGGCCUACAGGGUGUUUCGUUACGUAACGGAGGAUGGCGAUACCAGUGAAGCGAGUAGCGGUGAUCGGGGCGGGAGUGUCGGGGCUAAUGUCCGUCAAGUCGUGCCUUGAGGCUGGGCUAGAACCCGUCUGCUUCGAGAAAAAUGAACAACUCGGCGGAGUAUGGCAGACCCAGGAGCUGGACAAUUUGGACGGUAUCUCUGGAGGCACCAUCUAUCAAUGUCUGAUGAGUAACUCUAGCAAAGAGAUGAUGACUGUCAGUGACUUUCCAUUUCCUAAGGAAUACCCUCCCUACCUCACCCCAGAACAUCUCCUCACGUACUACCGCAAUUAUGCCGAACACUUCAAUCUGGACCAGCACAUCCGGUUAAGCACCGAGGUGAUGAAGGUGGCACCGAGCGCGGACCACGAGGCUACGGGGAGAUGGGAGGUGUGUUCCCGGCCAAGAUGCCGUAGCGGCACGCUGGAUGGACCCACCGCCUCGGAGAUAUUCGAUGCGGUGAUCGUCUCCACCGGCUUGUUCAACACGGCCUUCGUGCCUAGCUACCCUGGGCAGGGGGAGUUUCGUGGACAGAUCCUGCACAGCAACCGAUUCCGGAGCGGAGAACAGUUUGCCGGAAAAACCGUUCUUGUUGUUGGCAGUUCGCAUUCUGCUGGUGAUGUAGCUGUGGAUGCCAGCCGUCAUGCAAGUCAGGUGUACCUGAGCAUGCGAGAUGGAGCCUGGGUGAUCGGCCGGUUUGGCCCGGGCGGAAUGCCCAUCGAUGCCUACUCCAACAGCCGCUGGAAGGCCAAGCUCCCGGAGGUCAUCAGACGUUUGGCCGCUCGACCGAUGUUCGAGGGCCGCUUCGAUCUAGAUAACCUAGGCUUGCGAUGUAAGAGGCGGCUGUUUGAAGGCUACAUCAUGGUGAACGAUGAGAUCCAUUGCCGUAUUAUCUGCGGGGCCCUGCGGUGCAAGCCGGGCAUCGAGAGGUUCACGCGGGACGGUGUGGUGUUUGAGGACGGGACUCGGGUUGAUGGGCUGGAUGUGGUAGUCUUCGCUACAGGCUACAAUCUCAACUUUCCGUUCUUUGAGGAUAACUCCAUCAUUGCAGAUAAUUUCGCAGACUUGGAGUUGUACAUGCACGUCUGGCCGGCACGCCGUACCCACCCAACGCUGGCUGCCGUGGGCUAUGUGUCUACUCUGGGAGCCCAGACCCCGCUAUUCGAGCUCCAAUCACGCUGGGUUGCUCAGGUGUUUCUUGGGAACGCUCGGCUGCCUGGGAUAGACGAGAGGAUGGAGGACGUGAAAAGACGCAAGGAGGCGUACUUUAAGAAGUUCGGGAAGCAUCGUAUCUUUUUCCCACCAAUCCCAUACUGCGAGGAAUUGGCUGACAGGAUUGGAGCACGGCCCAACUUCACCAGACUCCUCCUGACUGACCCCAAACUAGCUCUCCGUGCAUUCUUGGGUCCGGCCUACCCACCCUUCUACCGGCUCAACGGGCCCCACCCAUGGGCGGGGGCCAGAGACGCUAUCAUCAACGGCUGGGCAAAUACCGUCAAUCCCACCAGGACCAGGGUGGUGGAGAGGCCGUCGACUGGUGGCGCCCUCACCGUGGCCAUGUUGAUAGCUGUAACCGUACUUAUUAUCAGUUUAAUCCUCGUGUUAAACUGAUGCCAUUCAAAUUUCCCUUUAAUUGAUGGGAAAAAAAGGAAAAACACUCCUGUUGAAAAACGAACAUGAGUCAGGUUUCCAUCCUGAGACUGAUGGUACAAGAUGAUCAAUAUUGUCCAGGGCAUUGUUUGGCAAAUGGAGGAUCGAACUUGACCCCCAUACCCCCCAGGCCGCCCCAACCAAGAAGUGGGGAUUGUCACUUUUAUGAGUUUUAAAGCGACACAAUUUUUGCGAAAAACAGAAAGUGUUUCCUAUUUUUGAUUUAUGUUCAAAUAGGCUAGGUAAGGAUAAAUUGAAUCAAACAAGAACAGAGUAACCUAUUAAUUUGCCAGUCAUCAAAAACAAAACGGAUUUUCGAAAUUGGAUGUAGACUAAAUACGAGAGUCGCCAUUUGGUUUAAGCCAAACAGUCUAACUGAUUUUUCCCUAUAAAAAUAGGGCAGGGUGGGGUACAGUAGUAUGUCCAGACUGGAUCGGGGACAAAAGCCUUGGAGUUGCGACACCCAGCUGCUGUGUGGGUACACAAUGGAAACAAAAUCAAUGCAACAAAACAUCGAUUCCACAAUCCAUACUUUCGUUUUGUGUUAAUAACAAUGUACAGACAAUAAAGCAGCAAAAUAUAACUUAAUUGUUUAUAAAUAAUAUUUUAAAAAAAUAUAGAAAGCAUGGAUGCAUUUUCGAGAAAGUGAGCCUAUAAAGAAAUUCCUAAAAACAAUUAUCCCCACUAAGAUAGACGAGAAAGAAUACACACUGCUAAAUACCAACACAUAGAAACACAGCACCGAGAUAGAUACAAACGGAUCAAACAUUAAAAUACUGCAUAUUGUGAAGAAUUUUGUGUAAACUAAAAAGAUAAUAGCUACAGGUCGCACUCAAGUGGAGAAUUGUUCCUUUGAAACAGCGUUCAACUUGAUCAUGGAAGAUUGGACCGAUAAACUUUUAAGUAUUAUUUCACCCAGCGUUGACUACAUCUCCGAAAAUUGGACCAAACAUCGAAAGUUACCAAUGUAGCUCAUAUUUCAAUAUUGAUCAAAGUAAAAAAAAAUUAAAAGAAAUUACAAUGUAAUAUGAUUGAUGAAUUACAAAUUGACAAGAUGUAUACAUUUGAGUUCUAUGGCAGCACCAGAAAUAUGUUCUUAGGGAAGUCACUUUGAAAAUACAGUAAGAUGUAUGAACUAUAAUGACUGCUUUGCAUGCUUUAAUUUAUGAACUUGCGAACAUGCAAAUGUAUAUACAAUGUAAAUAUAAUUUAGGAAUUGCUACAAAAAAAGAAGAACUUUCGAAUAUUUACUGACAUGCUACGACCGUCUGAAACGAAAAUUUGUUUUAUUAUUACCAAGCAAUAACAUCGGACUUAAAAAAAAA